AUGACCAUCGACGAUACCGAUAAUGAUGCCUCUUCAUCGGGCUACGAUGGUGAUUCUGAAGACUCUACCGAAUCUCAUCGCUUCGCACCGUUCUACCAUGAUGGAAUGGUUGACAUGGCGGCAUUGGAAGUGCGACUCCCAACCCUGGAACUUGUCCAUACGUUCCUUCCAUCGCCACUUGUGACGCAACCUAUCGAUGGCGUGGAUGAGGCUCAGGAGGAGGAGGGGGAGGAGGAUCAGGAGGAGGAGGAGGAGGACGUUAUGAAUUCGGAGGUGUCCGCCGUGGACCAGGCAGGAGUCAUGACGGAGGAUAACAUCCAUGUUUUGACCGAAGUUGGUGGGGUUGAUGGUGGAGAAGUCGCGAGCAUCGCGCAAACGUUGGAUCAUAGCACGGAGGCUACCUCAGUACCACCUAUGUCGACUGCACGCGCGAGAUCGCGUAGGCCCGUUCCCACGAUUAAGGAGGAGUUGCGUGCCCAGAGCGCAGCGAAGCGCUCUGCACUGGGUCGGCGCCACAAGAUACGAGGGUCCGACUCUACCACGCCUACCAUGGCGCCUACCCCACUCGCGCAGGUCCUUGACAGUACUGGGAUACGAGGAUCUAGCCUUUCCACGCCGACCGUAGCCCAUACUUCAUUCACGGAAGUCCCCGACAACGCUGCGAUACAGGAACCUGACCCUUCCACGCUGGCCGUCAUGCCUACUCCAUUCGCGGAAGUCCUCGACAACACUGGAACACGAGGAUCCACGCUGAACGCUCAGCCUACUCCGAUCACGGCGGUCCCCGGCACAGUGACAUACAAGUCAGAACGGCCGCGCCGUGGCAGCCACCCUCAUGAGAAGGUCCGAGAAGGAUUGGAUAUGGUGUCUGAUCAGUACGAGACAACCACGGAGGACGCUCAAGAGCAGGUUUUCAAUCUCAGUGCAGAGCGCUCCCAGACCAAAGACAGUGAUCAGGAGCGUGGGCCGCAACUCACCUCAUUCGAGUGCGAGCUGAAGCCAACGGCGCAUAUGCAUGAGGAAGUUAAUCAGGUGCCCGUCCAAGAGCAUGUGCAGGAGGUAGUUCCCGAGGAGAUCAUCGACAGCGGGCAUGGCCGCGAGCAGAAUCAACGCACCCCAUUCGCAUGCGAGCCGAUGCAUGAGGAGGUUAAUCAGGUGCCCGUCCAAGAGCAUGCGCAGGAGGCAGUUCCCGAGGAGACAGUCGAUAACGGGCAUGGUGAUGGCCGCGAGCAAGAUCAUGGUCAUCAAGGAGAGGCGGGUCGUCGAUGUGGGGUGGCUCAGGGCCAAGAUUCUUCUCGCCAUGCGUCGGAUGUGGAGGGGGGGCGUCAACAUUAUGGACAGCAUCAAGAUCUCGAUCGUUGCCAGUACGAGCAGCAGCGAGAACUGGAUCGUCGUCGCUACGAGCAGGGUUUGGAGAUGGACCGCCGCCGCUACGAGCAGGAGCAGGAAUUGAAUCGUCGCCAGUAUGAGCGUGAACAGGAGCUAGACCGUCGCCGCUACGAACACGAUCUGGAGCUGGACCGUCGCCGCUACGAACACGAUCUGGAGAUGGAACGUCGCCGCUACGAACACGAUCUGGAGAUGGAACGUCGCCGCUACGACUCCGAACAACACGACAUUCGUCUUCCGGGUCAGUGGGAGCAGAGUCGGAAUGCCCAGCGCUUUGCGCAGAUGGAGCUUGAGUUGCAGCACCGCCGCUCCGAGCGUGAGCUGGAGCAGGACCGCGAGCUAGAACGCCGCCUAUUCGACCGCGAGCUGGAACAGGACCGCGUGUUGGAGCGUCGCCGCCAAGAGCGCGAACAGAAGCAGGAUAGCGAAUUGGAAAGACGUCGUCGUGCAUAUGAGCACGAGCAGGACGAGGAGCGUGCCGGCCACCGCUAUGAACGCGAGUUAGAACUGGAACGCGAGUUGGAGCUGGACCGCGAGCUCGAACGUCAGCGUUACGAACGUACGGAGAAGAGGGAGCGGGAACGCGACAACCUUCGCCAUCAAUAUGAAAUGGAACAGGACCGUGAUCGUCAUCGUCGUCGUCACGAGCGCGAAACGGAGCAGAAUCGCGAACUCGAGCUUCGUCGCCAGAGUCAGAUAUUGGAACUGGAGCGCGAGAUGCAGGAGCGUAAAUUGGAACAAGAUCGCGAGCUGGAGCGACGCCGUCUCGCACGCGAACUGGACCGUGAUUGA